AAAUGGCGCGCCGCGCAAAAUUCCCGUGCGGUUUAAGCGACUUCCGGGAUCGGAUUUCGAUCGACACAGGCGACGAGAUUCCUUUCUCGAUCAGUUCGCGAGCGUCGCAGUCAUCAAUUGGGGUGAACGUGACGCAGGGGGGUUCGCGGCUCCUCGAUAAGGGCCCUGGACGUGCCGCUGGUCGUACGCAACGGAAGCGGACCCGUGGACAUGGUCUGCGCCUACGAGAUUGACGAGGACGAAAACGGACUUGUAAUCAAAUGGUUCCACGAAGCGUAUCAGAUCUAUCAGUGGAUCCCGCCAAUACCACCGCAAGACAUCGGAAUCAUCGAAGGCCUCGCGGAAUAUCCGGCUGAAAACCUGCAAGAUCCGUAUUCGCGUUCUGUAAUUCGCUUGAGGACCGUUACCACUGACAUGACCGGAGAAUACACAUGCGCGAUCAGCACGUUCCAAGACGAGGCGAGCAACACGACGAAAAUGAUUGUUUACGUGCCGGAAAGCGACAUGACGGUGCGCACGUAUCCCUUCAACAGGACUCACGUGAAUCUAACGUGCGUGGUCACGGGGGCGCGACCGCGGCCCUCCCUGAAGCUGUACGUCGAAGGGGUGGAGAGCAAUGAUCGCGAGUCCUCGGUGGAUUGGUACAAGGGCAGUCCCCGUGUAUCGCUGGACGUCGUCGUCGAGGACACGCUGGACCCCGCGGUGAUCGAGUGUGAGAUGUGGAUUCCUGAAACGGAGUACAAGCGCCGGGAGCGGAUCGUCUACUACCCCACGCAAUUACUACCCUAUCGCGUAAAUGUUUCGCAAGGAGGGCCCUGCGCGACGUUGCUUAUCGAUAUUCUUUACGUUACGGUUCUCAGAUUAAUGUUCACGUAGGAUCGAAUUAUUCCAAGCAAAAAUCCUUGAUUUCACUGAAAUAUUCAAUAUAUAUUUUAAUGUAUUUUUUAUUUCGUCGAUCCGCAGAUUGUGUGCUAUUUUUAUCUUGUAUAGUUCACAUAGAUCACAUCGAUUGCUCCAAUAAAUCGACUGUCUCUUUAACGA